AACCAAUCCUCUUGCUAAGAAAGCUUCAAGUGACAAGCAUAGUUCCACCGCUCAUAAUUUAGCCAGGAGCGCAAGUUUAAGAAGUGGAUUUGCUCGACUCUGUCACUGAUUUGAGACAUCACAGUUCUACUUCUCCGAGCACAGGGGAUUGCAGGCCAGAUGGAAAAAUCCAAAAAUUUUCGCAUUGAUGCGCUUCUAGCCGUUGAUCCGCCGAAAGUGCAAACCUCGCCUUUGGCACUCGUAACUUCUUUAUCCUCCUCUUCGCUUUCAUCGUCCGGAAGUGUACCAGCCUCUGAGCUGAAUGCUAGCACAGAUUCCUUGAGAACUGAAACCCCGUCUCCGCCGAGGAUUUCGUCUUGUGGUUUGAUUCCUAAACCUGGCUUCCUGAACAGUCCGCACUCCGGCAUGGUGGGAUUACACCCUCAGAGCACCGCGGGCAUUCCUCCUCAAGCUCUAUACGGCCACCCGAUGUACACAUACUCGGCGGCUGCCCUGGGUCAGCACCCUGCACUGUCCUACUCUUAUCCCCAUGGGUCCCACCAUCACCACCCCAGCGAAUCAAUUAAACUUACUGCUGGAACCUUUCAACUUGACCACUGGCUCCGUGUCUCCACAGCAGGAAUGAUGCUUCCGAAAAUGCCUGAUUUUAACUCUCAGGCGCAGUCUAACUUACUGGGGAAGUGCAGGAGACCAAGGACUGCGUUCACAAGCCAACAGCUCUUGGAAUUAGAACAUCAGUUCAAACUAAAUAAGUAUCUGUCAAGACCGAAAAGAUUUGAAGUGGCCACCUCUUUGAUGCUAACCGAAACGCAGGUGAAAAUAUGGUUUCAGAACAGGCGCAUGAAGUGGAAGAGAAGUAAAAAGGCAAAAGAGCAAGCUGCGCAGGAGGCCGAAAAACAGAAAAGCAACAAAAACAGUCAGGAUAAAUCAGACGGCCUGGACCAAAAGGAAUAUCAGAAGAUCGAUUCGGUCAAAAACAGUAGAAUAAGAGACUUCAGAGACAGUGAUGACGAGGAGGGGGACAAUUUCCUGUACAACUCUUCAGAUUGCUCAUCGGACGACGAGCGAAAUCAUACCGGUCAAAUCAGCCCACAGCAGUGAGAUGAUAAGGUGACAAAAAUGAAGACGCAUUUCAUAUUUUUCAACGAUUCGUUUACAGUAACUGUGCUUUUGAGAAAAUAAGUUGCAUGUAUUAACUACCGGCAAUAUUCAAUGUGGAUAAUUGAAAAACAUGUAUUUAAUUCUCCAUCCCAAGGCAUCCGGGAAAGGAUGAAAAAAAUAUAGCAAGAUUUUAUUUUGUGCAGAAUAGCUUAGAUAAGCUAAUAACAACAUCAGGCACAGUUUAAAACGGCAUAAUCAUUCUUAAAUCAGUCUGUUACACUGCAUGUUUUUAAAUCUGUCAAUGUGUUUAAUCAGGCUACAGAUGGCUUUUGCAAUCAAUUCUCUUCUCGAAUGUGAUGGUCCAUGUCAUAAAAGCGAAUUUUUGAUACGAUGUUAUAAUCAAAUGUUAGUUAAAACUUGAAAUAUUGGUAUUUGGUAACCACUGCGAUUUUAGUUUUAUUAUUGAAACUUUGUGUGGUUGUUGCAUAACUGUAAUUGUAUCACAAACGGUUUACGUGCAGAAAAAAUGUAACCUCUUUAUUUUUGUACAUUGUAUUUAUAAAUAUGGCUAUACAAAUGCAUGCUAAAUUAUUGUUUAGCGUUACCCAUGGUGCAGAUGAUAUAGAAUAAAUUUGUUUUAUAAAAUCUCAGAGAUUUAAAACUGA